AUGGCCUGGCUGGGGAAUGACAGGCAGGACACCCUGGAUGCAGGUAGGGGCCAUCCUACAGGCCCUACAGUGGGAAACACCAGCGCAGAGCCCCCCAGCAUCACGCCCCCCGAGUGGGGCUGCGCCUGGAGCCCCCCCGAGGAGAGGGGCGAGGAGCCCCUGCGCCUGCCCACCUUCUCCCCGGCCGCCCAGGUGCGCGUGGCCGUCACCUUCGCCCUCUUCGCCCUCUCGGCCGGCUGCAACCUGGCGGUGCUGCGGGCAGUGGGGGGCCGGGGCAGUGGCCGGCGCCCCCACAUCCGCCUGCUGCUGCGGCACCUGGCGGCCGCCGACCUGCUGGUCAGCGUGGUGGUGAUGCCGCUGGACGCCGUCUGGAACAUCACGCUGCAGUGGCGAGCGGGCGACCUGGCCUGCCGCCUGCUCAUGUAUCUGCGCCUGCUGGCCAUGUACGCCUCGGCCUUCGUCACCGUGGUCAUCAGCCUGGACCGGCAGGCUGCCAUCCUGCGCCCGCUGGCCAUCGCCCGCGCCCGCACCCGCAACCGCGCCAUGCUGCACGCGGCCUGGAUCCUCAGCGCGGGGCUGGCCGCGCCACAGCUGUUCCUGUUCCACACCAUCACCCUGCGCCCCCCGCACAACUUCACCCAGUGCACCACGCGUGGCAGCUUCCCCCGGCCCUGGCAUGAGACCCUCUACAACAUGGUGGGGUUUGCCUGCCUCUUCCUGCUGCCGCUGCUUAUCAUGGUCUGCUGCUACGCCCGCAUCCUGCUGGAGAUCUCCCGCCGAAUGGGCUCUGGCCUCUUCUCCUCGCAGGAUGCAUCACUGCGAUGCUCCAGGAACAACAUCCCCCGAGCCCGGCUGCGGAUGCUGCGGAUGAGCCUGGUCAUCGUGUCCUCCUUCAUCCUCUGCUGGACCCCCUACUAUCUGCUGGGUCUCUGGCACUGGUUCUGCCCCCGCGCCAUGGAGGAGAGGAUCUCGCCUGCCCUCACCCACAUUCUCUUCAUCUUCGGCCUCUUUAACGCAUGCCUGGACCCCAUCACCUAUGGGCUCUUCACCAUCCCCCUCCGGGGGGGCUGGGGCUGCCCAUGCAGGCACGGCCCCCUGGCCCAGCCCCCCUCCCCAGCCACCGGCUCCUUCCACUGCUUAGCUUCCUCCCUGCCGGCCAGGCGGGGAGUCCAGGGGGUACGGAGAUCCCGAGGGACUGCCAGGGACACCUCCUGUCACAGCAGCUCCCUGUGA